AUGGCGCGCAUAUUCCCCGACCGGUCAGCUACGCCGAAGCAAGUCCGUGAAUACCUGGCCCAGUUGCUUACCGCUAAACAUGACGUCCCGCUUGAUCAAGCUACUAAACUGGCCCUGAGCUGGAAGUAUGGUCGUGGCUCUGAUCUACGAGAUUCUACACGUUCGGACCUGAUCAUACUGUUUGGCUACUCCCUUGGCGAUUGCUUACUCAAAUCGAUGCGCGAGGACGAGUCCCUAGAACGGAGGCAGAUGCGCGAGGACGAGUCCCUAGAACGGAGGCAGUCUACAGCCGGAGUAUUAUUCCGCUGCGCUAAAUACGGUGCAAUCUCAGCCUUGCUCACUUCCAUUGCUUAUCACUUUGUGCUUGUGGUUAAUUUGGUUAAUUUCAGCGAUCUCACCACCCUAAGCAUGGGCCAAGACCAAGGAAAGCGCUUUAUUCCCACUAGUGCUGUCACAUCGCAUGGUUAUUCCCUGAGGCCGAGUGAUGGAAUGCUGAUUCUCCACUUGGGCAGUACCAGCGUCGAUUGGGCUGGAUGGUUGGAUGGUCAAUGGAUGGCGCACUUGCUUUUUGACAGCUAUGCCCAGAAAGCGGCGCGGGACACAGACGUUGUAUACCCUUUGACCGGUUCAAAAUUCAGUCUACAGAGCUCUUCACCCUUAAAUCUAUUUAUCAAAAAAAAAAAAAACAUCGAGUUUCGAACACUGGCCUCGUGCGACCAUUACAAGUACUUUGACGACUGUCUUGAUGAGGCUCUGCCAAAGCCCGACGACUGGUGCACACCGGCAUAUCUCCUACUGCCGUUACAAGGGUACUCGGGUUGCCUACCGGUUCCAGAACAGCAUCGCUCCCGAAGAGCAAUCCAAGGUCCAAUAACGACGCGGAGUCGAUGCUACGCGUUCUUUCCCGCUUUGCCUCAUUUGCGCGAAUUACGAAGCAAGGCCUAA